AUGACGUAUUCUAGUCUCUUCCGUUCGGAAGAGAUGUCAUUGAUACAACUGUACAUUCCCUCGGAAAUGGCACAACCGACCGUUGCGGAAUUGGGAGAGUUGGGUCUGAUUCAGUUUAGAGACCUAAACCCUGACGUCAAUGCCUUCCAACGUGCGUUUGUGUCUCAAAUCAGACGCUUCGACGAAAUGGAGAGACGGCUUCGUUUCUUUACUGUCCAAAUUGAAAAAUUGGAGAUUCCAAUACGACCGCUUACUGGUGAUGCGUCGGCAGUCCGUGCACGCAGCGUGCUAGAAAUUGACGAGUUGGAAGAACAGAUAAAUGUAUAUGAACGACGCAUAACACAACUGAAUAACUCUUAUGAAAGCAUGCAGAAGCGUUAUCUAAGACUUACAGAACAAAGACACGUACUCAAAGAGACAGGCGUGUUUUUGGAGCAGGCUGAAUCUCGGCAAGAGGAUAUCCGUCAGUCGUUCGAUGAGCCAACCACACCUUUACUAGGGCAUGCUGACUUGGAGCAAGGACCCAGCGGAACUACAGGAUUUAACCAACUAAAUCUCGGAUUUGUUACUGGAGUUAUUCCCCGAAAGAAAAUGCAGACAUUUGAGCGUGUUUUGUGGCGUGUUCUUCGUGGAAAUCUCUACCUCAACUAUGCUGAGAUCGACGAACCGAUUGUCGAUCCAUCAACGGAUGAGGUUGUCGAGAAGAAUGUUUUUAUCAUCUUUGCACACGGAAAAGUACUGCUAGAUAAAAUAAGAAAGAUAUCAGAGUCAUUGGGUGCCACUCUCUAUCCAGUAGACGACAGUCCCGACAGAAGGCGCGCAAGUCUUUUAGAUAUUACAACGCAAAUUGAAGACCUUAGUGCUGUCAUUCAAACGACUAACAACGCACGGAGAACGGAGUUGACGAAAAUUGCAGAAAACUUAACCGCAUGGAUGACUAUUAUCAAAAAAGAGAAGGCGGUUUAUCACACCAUGAAUCUUUUCAACUACGAUGUCACUCGCAAAUGCUUGAUUGCAGAGGGCUGGUGUCCUCGAAAUGAUCUUCCUAAAAUACACGGAGCAAUAAGAACGGCAACAGAAAAUUUUGGAUCUAAUGUAUCAGCUAUUCUGAACGAGCUGCGCACGACAAAAGAACCGCCAACCUUCCAUCGCGUCAAUAAAUUUACAAGUGGCUUCCAAGAAAUAGUAGAUGCAUAUGGUGUAGCAAAGUAUCGCGAAGUUAACCCUGGACUGUUCACCAUAAUCACCUUCCCAUUCUUGUUUGCAGUCAUGUUUGGUGAUUUUGGUCACGGGUUUUUAUUAACACUCGCAGGUUUAUACUUGAUCCUUAACGAAAAGAAAUUUGAGAGGGAAAAGUUGGAUGAGAUUUUUGAAAUGUUUUUUGGUGGCCGCUAUAUAAUACUACUUAUGGGCUUGUUUUCGAUAUAUACGGGCCUGAUUUAUAAUGACAUUUUCUCACGCGCUGUCCAAAUAGCUGAUUCAGGAUUUGAAUGGCAAUGGCCGGAAAACUAUACAGUUGGACAAGCGGUGGAGGCGGUACAGGUCGGAGUGUAUCCAUUUGGUGUCGAUCCGGCGUGGCAUGGGGCUGAUAAUAGUCUGAUUUUUAUAAAUUCGUAUAAAAUGAAAAUGUCGGUGGUAUUUGGUGUAAUCCAGAUGAGCUUUGGUAUUGCGCUUACAGUAUUUAAUUACACAUACUUCAAGAAGAAACUGAGCAUAUGGACCGAAUUUCUCCCACAGAUGCUUUUCAUGCAGUCUAUUUUUGGUUACCUCGUUUUCACAAUUAUUUAUAAAUGGUCUAUGAAUUGGUCUGAGACAGACUCAGAUGGUCAGCUAAUUAGGCACAGUCCACCUGGUUUGCUUAACAUGUUGAUCUACAUGUUUUUGCAACCGGGAACAGUAGCACCAGAUGACGAACUUUACCCUGGACAGGCAAACGUGCAACUUGGGUUGCUUAUUGUUGCAUUUAUCUGUAUUCCGUGGAUGCUUCUCGCAAAACCUCUCAUUCUACGGCAUGAACACCAUAAAAUACGGGCUAUGGGGUACCGACGUCCAUUAGAAGACACAAGUAUUGCGACGGAGGAAGAUAUUGACUUUGGGGCUUCGAGUAGUAUGCCAGAAGAAAUGCAUGAAGAGGAGGGAUUCGAUUUUGGAGAGCAUAUGAUACAUCAAGUCAUCCACACGAUUGAAUUUUGUCUGGGUUGCAUAUCCAAUACAGCCAGUUAUUUGCGUCUGUGGGCUUUGAGUCUGGCUCAUGCUCAAUUGUCGGCUGUACUUUGGGAUAUGACACUCAAAACUGUUCUUGGAAUUUCUGGAGUUCUUGGUGCUUUUGCUCUUGUUGUUGCUUUUGCCUUAUGGUUCUCUUUGACUAUUGGAAUUCUUCUAAUUAUGGAAGGACUGUCUGCUUUCCUGCACGCAUUACGUCUGCACUGGGUUGAAUUUAAUAAUAAGUUCUACGAAGGAACCGGGAUAAAGUUUGAGCCAUUCUCAUUCAAAUCUAUAGUGAAGGAUAAAGACGAUUAA